CCCGGCGCGCCGGCUGCACCCCGCCCCGCCGGCCUUUGUGCUUGGCUUUGGCCUGGGCCCGGGAGUCUCGACUCCUUCCGUGCGUCCGGAGGGACCCGAGCGGCGCGGGGACCCCGGGCAAGUGGGGGCAGGGGCGGGCCGAGCGGUCCUGCGGGGCCCCCCUCCCCACCCCGCCCCGGCCGCGCUGGCAUUGGGGGACCGGGGCCGCCGCGGGAGGAGCCCCGCGCAUUGUCCGCCGCGCGCCGGGGACGUGGGCGUGCCGCCGAGUCCGCCUCCCCCGGGACCGGCCGCCGGGGAGGAGCCGGCGGAACAGCCGUCCCGGAGGCUCGGGGCGCCGGCGCCCUGGGCCUCUGGGCGGUUUGCGUGCGGCGCGGCUGGUUCCCGGGCUCGUGAGCCUCCCGGCCGACGCGAGUGACAGCGACCUUGUGGAUCGAGAGGGGAGCGCCGGGACGUCCCCCACCUGCCGACCACCACCCAUCGGGCUCUUUUUUCCUCUUUCUCCCACCUUCCGGCCCUCCCCGCCCCAGCAGCCACGCGGCCCAUCCCGGUGACCCGGCGACCGCGGCGCACCGCCCGGAUUUGCAUUUGAACGGAGGACCCUGGAAAGCCCCAGCCCUCGGCCCCCAGAGAGCCGAGCCUCUGCUGGACGGAAGAGGGCCGGCGAGAACCAGCAGGACGCCUCGACGCGCUUUCCAGCUCGCGUGAGCCGCAGCGGCCAGAGGGAAAUCCUUGGAGCCGGGGUCAGGAGCCUGUUGAGGAAGCAUCCUGCCUUGUGACCGGAGCUCCGUGGUCAGAGCGGCGUAAAUGGCUCCCCUCCCUGCCGGCAUCCGCUUCAUCAUCUCCUUCUCCCGGGACCAGUGGUACAGAGCCUUCAUUUUUGUUUUGACAUUUUUGCUGUAUGCCAGUUUCCACUUAUCCCGAAAGCCUAUCAGCAUAGUGAAGGGUGAGCUCCACGGGUACUGUGCCGCACUGAACGAGGGGGACGUCGAAUUCAGCAGCCAGAGCCAGAGGGCCAGUGACACCCCCCGCCAGCAGCCACCAGACAACGAGACUGACUGCAGCUGGGCCCCGUUUGACCAGGACAACUACCAGCAGCUGCUCGGGGCCCUGGACUACUCGUUCCUGUGCGCCUACGCCGUCGGCAUGUACCUGAGUGGCAUAAUAGGGGAACGCCUGCCCAUUCGGUAUUACCUAACUUUUGGGAUGCUGGCCAGUGGUGCUUUGACCGCCCUGUUUGGAUUAGGGUAUUUCUACAAUAUCCACAGUUUCGGCUUCUACGUGGUAACUCAGAUCAUCAACGGACUGGUGCAGACCACUGGCUGGCCCAGCGUCGUCACCUGCCUCGGCAACUGGUUCGGAAAAGGAAGGCGAGGUUUGAUUAUGGGGGUCUGGAACUCCCACACGUCCGUGGGCAACAUUUUGGGGUCCUUGAUUGCCGGCUACUGGGUGUCCACGUGCUGGGGCCUGUCCUUCGUCGUGCCCGGGGCCAUUGUGGCAGCGAUGGGGAUCGUGUGCUUUCUCUUUCUCAUCGAACAUCCCAAGGACAUCGCCUGCUCUUCCUCCCUGGUGGCGCAUUCGAGGGGCCACGAGAACGGCGCACACAGAUUCAGGCUGCAGAAGCAAGUCUUCGUGGACAACGAGAACAAGCCCCUGGACCCCGAGAUCCAGUGCCUACUGCUGUCAGAUGGAAAGCACCCGGUCCAUCAGAGCCACGUCGUCGUCCUCCCGGCCGACGGCGGGGGCAGCAUGGCCGCCAUCAGCUUCACAGGGGCCUUGAGAAUCCCCGGUGUGAUCGAGUUCUCUCUGUGUUUGCUGUUUGCAAAGCUGGUCAGCUACACCUUCCUGUUUUGGCUCCCACUCUACAUCACCAGCGUGGAUCACCUUGAUGCCAGACAAGCCGGGGAGCUCUCCACCCUGUUUGACGUGGGCGGGAUCUUCGGUGGGAUCCUGGCGGGCGUGAUCUCAGAUCGACUGGAGAAGCGGGCCUCCACCUGUGGCCUGAUGCUUCUGCUUGCGGCCCCCACGCUCUACAUGUUCUCCACCAUCAGCAGGAUGGGCCUAGAAGCCACGACAGCCAUGCUGCUGCUCAGCGGGGCCCUGGUCAGCGGGCCGUACGCCCUGAUCACGACCGCCGUGUCCGCCGACCUGGGCACGCACAAAAGUCUCAAAGGAAACUCCCACGCCCUCGCCACCGUGACCGCCAUCAUUGACGGGACCGGGUCUGUAGGAGCCGCGCUGGGCCCCCUGCUGGCUGGGCUCCUCUCCCCGUCUGGAUGGAACAACGUGUUCUACAUGUUGAUGGUUGCAGACGCCUGUGCCUUACUGCUCCCGCGUUGGUUAAACAGGCAUAAUAAUGGCACCCCAAGACAGGAUCAUCGAGGGGACUUGGAGGAGACGGCAGGCCGAAACCCAUGUCCUACGUGGUGACCUCCGUUGCCCCAGUGCUCCUCCUGCGCCCUGCAGCCCCAGGGAAAGCGGCCUGACUCUCGGAGCCCAAAGGGGUGGGAAAGAAGGAGCAGAGGCUGUGGGUGCCGGCCCCCAGCUUCCGUCUGCGGCCCCUGCAGGACAGAGAGGCCCGGGCACCGGUCAGAAGCGGGCCGUGCUCACCCGAGUGGCUAGCCUGCGCUCAACCUGCAGCCGCCCUGCGCACGGGGGUCCCCGACCUGAGGCCACGUGCCUCCUCUCGCUUCCCCGGAAAACCCCCCGAGGUUGAUCCCUAUGAGGGUGAGUCGAGGAUUUGGAAAUAUCAGCUCUGAGGGUUCUGUAUUUUCAUUCCAGGGCUGUUACACAGCCCCCCAUGUCGUAGAGGAUCCAGCGCCAGCUUUCAACUCGGGAGCCUGUUAGGUUUUUAAGAGGCUCUUCCUCAAAGCAUUUGUUUUUGUAAAUGCCUGAGGCCUUUAGUUAAGUCCCACAUCAUUUCAACUAAGUGGCCUCGAGACUUCCAUCAUCAUGGCUGGUUAGAGACUGAAGACUGUCCCUCAGCAAUGCGGGGGAACACACAUUAUGCGUCCUUUUAACUGCACAGCCAACCCUGUGGAAAGGAAGGGUAUCCUCAGGACGGGACCCAGACUGUCGAAGCGGCAUAGACAAGUACCCGGGCUAGAGCAGUGGGAAUCGGGGGGUGGCUGGUUCUGCCCCCCUGGGGAGCAGAGGUGGGGCUUCAGGCCCGCACGAGUGGGGCAGGAGGCCAGGACCCUCAGUGGGCUGAGCUCCAGCGAGCACGUGGGUCCAAGAGACAAGGAUCUGUGUCCACCUCAGCCUGUUCACCAGGUUGGAGGGGGCUAGUCGUCCCUGAGGAUUUUUAGCCACGGACCUGCCUAUGGUAAGCUUAGGUUUUUGAACUUAGGUAAAUACACAUAAUGUGCACCCAAAAAUUGAGUAGAAUUGGCCUGGAACCGUGAUACGCCUGGUUCUUGGGCAGAAGCAACCCUAAAACCAUUUGCAAGGGGCAAACCUCAACCCGCUGCCCGGGAUCCCCACUGCUAACGCCCGGCAGAGAGGAGCCUGAAAUUAGGAAACGGCCCACCGUGACCGAGGUGACAGACGUGACAAACGGCAGAGUCAGACCCCCCAAAAUUGCAGAUAACAUGGUUAUCAGACAGACGUAGCAGUACUGAAGACGUCCGGGAAGGACGUGGGUUCACGAGCAAAGAAGGGGAGCCCGUGGAGCACAGAGACAAGGACGUCCCCGGGUACAGCCCAGCACACGGAAGCCGUGGCCGCCGCCAGGGACGAAGCCCAGAACGGAGCCCCGGGGAGGAAUCUAGAGGCGGGGGCCGAGCACAGUCGAAGACGGAACAGCCGGCAGCUUCAGGGCCCAGAAGGCCAAAGGAGAAGGGCGAGCGCACGCGUGCAAACGUGACCGUGAGCGGGCCAGACAGCGCGUGUGGCGCAUCGGAGUUCAGAAAGGACAGAGAACAGGAUGUGAGGGUAGUAGCCAGGCAGGUGGCGACCGGAAGCAAGCGGGCCCUGCCGGGCCAGGUGAGACCCAAACGGGUCAGCGGGACGAGCCCGCAGGCGGCCCGAGCACCAGCCAGACGCCUUCUCUCCGCGGGUCAACAGGCCUGCCCCACCCCCUAAGUCUGAGGCUGGAACCCCAGCACCCAGCAGGUCAGGUCACCCUGUGGGGUCAGACCUGGGGCCUGCCGGACUCUCAGGGGCACGUGUGCAGAGCCCGGUGGCCAAGCUGUCCCACCCGUCGGCUGACCCCCGCCGACCCGGGCCAGGGGGCUCCAGGCGUCUGGGCAGGCACUUAGAGUGGGCGGGCCUCCCUGGGCUUGCCCACAGACACGGCUCUCCAUCACAUGCGACAGUGUGACCUUUCUUAAAAAAAAUUUUUUUUAAUCUUUACUUUUGAGAGAGAGGGAGAAACAGAGCACGAGCGGGGGAGGGGCAGGGAGAGGGGGAGACACAGAAUCCAAAACAGGCCCCAGGCUCCGAGCUGUCAGCACGGAGCCUAAUGCGGGGCUCGAACUCAUGAACCAUGAGAUCAUGACCUGAGCCGAAGUCGGAUGCUUCACUGACCGAGCCGCCCAGGUCCUCCCCCAUCCCCCCGGCAAGAGUGUGACCUUUGUCCUUCAGGUUCGUUACUACUGUCGGCAGUGUUUCUUGCCACCUUAAACGCUCGUCAUUUCCUUCCCUUUUCCCUUCGUGUCCGGGAUCUGCUUUGGAUGAUGGCGGGUCUUCCUGCGAACGCUCAACACAGCACAUUCGGCGGGACGUGUGUCGACCAGGUGCCCAGCUCCAGGCGAGCAGGCCCAUGCUGGGCUGCUGGAGGCUCACGUUGCCAGGGUCCGCUUGCUCCACAGGAACAUCCCCCUCACCGCCAGCCCCACGCUCGGCCCCUGACACGUUCCCUGCUUUACCCCUGUGACCGUAUGUGCACCGAUCGAGGGUCAGGCACGGCAGCCGGACCGCGCUUUCUCGGAAGGAGUCACCCCUGUUCUCCUCGCCGGCCACUUCUCUUCGGAGCUCCUGCUUGAAGGAGCGCUGAAGGCUCCCCUGCUUCCUGGAGCUCUGACCUGAGGCCACGCCGGCCCUCUCUCGGCCCAGUGGUCCCUCCUGGGCCCUGGAAGGGGCCCUCCUGUGGGGCUGGGGUCAGCUUGCAGAAAGACCGGGUCCGCAGCCACAGACACAAGCAGAACCAGUUAGCUGGUGUGGCACCAGGUCACCGGUCUGUCUCCGUAAAUGGACCCAGCCCUGUGGGCACGUACGAGGCAGAACUCUGUCCCUGGUUUACUCCCACAGCGGCUGCGGAGGCUGUAGGCGAGGGGCCCGGUGGGGCCCAGCGCUCUCCCAGGAGUUUCCUAAGGAGUUUCCUAAGAAAACGCGGCUGCUCCAAACGUGAGCCUGGUCCGCCUCUGGGUGCCGGGGCCCAUGAGAUGCUCACCUGGCCUUCAGAGUCCCCGUGCGGCUCUCCAGGGCCCCCACCGAGAGUCACCGCGAUCGUGGGUCACCUGGUCUCCAUUCUCUUUCCCUAAUUUGGGUAUUUUAUGAUUGGACUCGUUUCAUUUGCAACGUUACUUGAUCCCGGACGUUUUAGGCUGAAACCUGUCCUUGCCUCCAGGAGCACGGCCUCCGUGCGGCUCACAGGCCCACAGCCCUGCCCUG